AUGGCGAGCAUCGCGAGGGUGAUAUCAGAGAUCCAAGGGUCUGCUGGCGUCAUGGAGGCUCGCUCCAAGGUCGCGCACGAUCAAGCUGAUCUCGAUCGUUUGUCCGAGUCGUUGACGGCCAGUCUCUGCGCAAUGGUCAGGAACAUCAACGAGCAUGUAAUGAGUGAGUCAGCUUCGGCCAUGAUGAACGCCGUGGGGGCGUCGCGUUUCUCCGACAGCCAGAAGGCAGUGAUGAUGGCGAGUAUCCAAGAUAAGUUGAUGAACGGCAGUCGGUCCGCGCAGCUGGCAGGCCACGACAAGCAGGCAUUCGCCGCGCCAACCUCGUGCAUGCAGUUCUUCACCCAGCAGGAUUGGAACAUCAUUGCCAACCCCAACGUGCACUGGACCUCGGACUUGAAGACGACUGCUGUGGCGCAGCGCUUGGUCAAAGGCGGGUUCUACAAGCCAUGCGAGAAGGCUGCGGCAGACUUGGUGGCAAUGUUGGCGGCGGCAGUUGACCCCCCCGACGCGACCAAGGAUGCGCUGCACCGCCACGUCGACCUGAUCAAGACCGUGUUCAAGCGCGUUGCCGUGGAGAUGCCGAUGCAACACACGGUCACACCUCUCAGCUUCUACCCCAGCGUGGCGGCCAUGUCCGACAACGUGCGGAAUGCGAUGUACACCGAGGAUGACCCGCCGAUCACUCGCCUCCUUGACUCGUGGCAGAAGUUCAGGAAGGACACAAGCUGCAGGAGCUCAAACCUUCAGGGCAUCGACGUGGCUGGCUACCUCCAGGCCGCCGCUAGCCUCGGCCUCAAUCCGAUGCAGUCUAUCCAGCUUGGGAUUGCAGCAGGCGUUGUGGAUGGCAGCGGCGCUGAAAGCAACGCCAGUUGGCUCUCGUUUGGGGCAGGCGCUGCUGCGCCAAGCACGGCGUCAGCGUCCCGAGAUGGUCAGGUGCCACCAGGCGGCCUUGAGCACCAGGCGGCGCCGCCUGCCUCGGCCCCCAAGCCAGCUGCCCUCGAGGGCGCGCCUCCGACAGGGCCCAACGUCAAGAGCGUGCUGGGCGAGAUCGGCGCGAAGCCUCCCGACACUGGCAACGCGCCCAUGGAGGUGGACGAAGUGGAGGCUGAGCACAAGGCGCUGUUCGAGAAGGCCAAGCAGAAGAGGAAGGAUGAUAAGGAUGCCGAGGAUGACGACGAUAGCCCUCCCAAGAAGAGACCCGCGGCGGCCGUCUUGAAGAAGGUUGCCACAGCGAGCGUGGCUGCCAUGAAGAAGCCCGCUGCCAGCCCGAAGAAUGCGGUCAAGCCGUGCAUGCCUGGUCCUGGCGUCGGUGUCGAGUACCGCGGAGGGAAGAUCCUUGCUUCGGAGUCGAAGCAGGGCUGGAGGGUGUGGCCUAACAAGGCGGAGGUCGGACACGAGAAGACUGUGAAGUUCGGGGGCAGCAAGAAGGCCAGCUUCGCCAAG